GCCAAGAAAACAGAAGAAACAGGAGAGACGGCAAGCACCACAGAUUCGGGUCUCCGGAUACAAAAUCCCCUUUAGAUCACAGCCUAACCCUAGAAACUCAAAAUCCCCCUUUAGAUCUCGAGCUACUCUCUUGAUUAAUCAGCAGUCGAAUCAAAAUGGGCACAUCGGCGUGUGUAAAGGAAGUGGAUAGAUCGGCAUUGGUGGCGUUUGCCCCCGAUGCGCCCUUCCUUGCCGCCGGAACUAUGGCUGGAGCCGUAGACAUGUCGUUCAGUUCGUCUGCAAAUCUUGAAAUCCUUAACCUUGAUUUCCGAUCUGAUGAUCGUGACCUUCCGGUAUCAGGUGCUGUACCUAGUUCAGAACCGUUUAAUCGGCUGUCUUGGGGGAAAUCACCGUCGUCGGGAUCAGAAGAAUUCUCACUCGGUCUCAUUGCCGGUGGACUUGUAGAUGGCAACAUCGGUGUCUGGAACCCUCGCUUACUCAUGAGUCCCGAGGAAAGGGAAAAUGCUCUUGUUCAACAACUAUCAAGACACAAAGGGCCUGUUCGUGGUCUGGAGUUUAAACCUACACAUUUUCCUCCCCUUAAGGGCAGUGAAUCUUCAACACAUGGAGAAAUAGCAUAUUUGUCAUGGAAUAAGAAGGUCCAGCCUAUCUUGGCAUCAACUUCUUUUUAUGGAACAACUGUGGUUUGGGACCUCAGGAAGCAAAAGCCAAUUAUAAGCUUCUCAGAUUCAGUUAGAAGAAGAUGUUCAGUUUUGCAAUGGCAUCCUGAUUUUGCCACUCAACUUAUUGUUGCUUCAGAGGAUGAUAAUUCACCUUCACUAAGGUUAUGGGAUAUGAGGAACACAAUGUCACCAUUGCGAGAGUUAGUAGGUCAUACUAAAGGUGUUGUAGCAAUGGAAUGGUGUCCUCAUGAUAGUUCAUAUCUGCUUACAUGUGCCAAAGAUAAUCGCACUAUUUGUUGGAACACUAAUUCUGCUGAGAUUGUGUCUGAACUUCCAGCUGGAACCAAUUGGAAUUUUGAUGUGCACUGGUAUCCAAAGUUACCAGGGGUCAUAUCAGCAUCUUCUUUUGAUGGAAAAAUUGGUAUUUAUAACAUUGAGGCUUGUGCUCGAUAUGGUGUUGGUGAGGGUCAUUAUGGCUCAGCACCUUUAAAAGCUCCAAAAUGGUACCAACGCAAAGCUGGAGUGUCUUUUGGUUUUGGUGGGAAACUCGUUUUCUUUUCACACAACUGGUUCUUCAUCUGGAGCUUCAGAGGUUGA